GUCUCUCUCUCUCUCUAUCUACUAUCUCCUUUUCAAGUACAGUAAUUCUUUUGUGAUCUUCAAAUCAAAUCUACAAUGCAAUGAUAGAUGGGUAAGGCCAGCAGAUGGUUUCGCUCGCUUUUAGGCUCCAAAAAGUCGUCUUCCGGAUCCUCGCCGUCUCCGUCUCCGUCUCCUAAGGACAAGAAAAACAACGCCAACUCUGCUAAGUCUUCCAAUACCGUUGGCAAGAACAUCGGUGGGGUCUCCCAAGGGACCCACUGCUACGGAACUGAUGGCGCCUCGCCCAACCCGCACCCCGAAGCUACUUUAGACGCCAACAAGCAUGCCAUAGCGGUUGCUGCUGCCACUGCGGCGGUGGCGGAGGCUGCUCUUGCGGCGGCUCAGGCUGCUGCGGAGGUUGUGAGGUUGACCAGUGGGAAUAGGCCCACCGCUGCGUAUGUUAGCAGCAGCUCUGAUCGCCGCCUUGAAUGGGCUGCAGUUAAGAUACAGUCCGAGUUUCGAGCUUAUCUGGCUAGGAGGGCACUGAGAGCAUUAAAAGGACUGGUGAAACUUCAAGCUCUUGUGCGAGGCCGCAUAGUCCGGAAGCAAAGUGCAGAUAUGCUCCGUCGCAUGCAAGCAUUGGCUCGAAUACAGGCUCGGGCCUGUGCAAAUCGAUCUUUGGUGUCUGAAUGCUCUCAUUCUGGUAUUAAAGCCUCGAAGAUCCAUUGCCAAGGUAUUUCAUCAUCACUUAAUAAAUAUGACUCUCAACUGCGUUACUUGAGUACUAAUCAUGGAACAAACCAAAAGAGAUUUUACUCAAAAUCGAACAAAAAUGAGAACAUGAGCAGGGGAAGAAUGGACAGAGGGUCAAAGUGGCUAGAUCGCUGGAUGGAAGAUUAUGCCAGGAACAAUUAUGCAGAUUCCAAUCUUAAUAUGGGAGGUGAUGAUGAUGAGAAAACUGACAAGAUACUUGAGAUAGACACUUGGAAACCUCGUGUAAACCCCAAAGGGAGUGAAAGAAGCUCUCAGAGUUCACAUCAGAUUUCAGCAUGGAAUGACAAUGGCCUAGGAUUUAGAACCUCUAAUUCUAUGUCUAGGCAUUCAAGUAAUAUGAAGAAGCCAAAUGUUAGUCUAUCAUCAGAAGUCUCAUCUUCACAAUCAGUAAAGUUCCCCCAAGAAAUGGAUCAGGAAGGCAAGUGGAUUGUUGACCACAGCCCAGGUAUCCGUUCUUCUUCUUCUAAACCUGGGAGUAGUAGUAGAAGUCAAAGAGGACCCUUUACUCCUAACAGGAGCGAGUGCACUCGAAGCUUGUUCAGUGACUUCCCCAACUACAUGGCUAAUACAGAGUCGUCGUUGGCUAAAGUUAGGUCCCAUAGUGCACCGAGGCAAAGAAUGCAGCUGAAGUGGAUGAAUGGUGUUUAUGAUACAGACACAAAUUCAGAGCAGAGCUGGAGCUUACGUGGUAGCUUCAGGGGCAAAGCAUACUCAGGGUCUGGACGCAUAGAUAAUUAAACUAUGAUGGAUCGGAAGAUGAUAGUCCAUAAUUGACAACGAACAAUUCAAUAAAUUAAAGCUGUCUGGUACUCUCAAAAAACUUGUCCACAUUACAUUCAUUAUUCUUAGCUUCUAGACUGCAUGCAUAUUGCUGUGUAUUCAUUCUGUAAAUUGAGAAAAAUACUUGUUGGAAUGAUGUUUAAUGACUUGACUGGAAAUGUUAGUUUUUGGCUACUGACUUGACUGUUA